CAACAAAACAAGAAGAGUUAAGAACAAGAAGAAGCAUGAAGUGUUGUAGGUUUGUUGCAGUGGCUUUGAUGAUUCUUCUGAUCACAUUGACUUACACUGAGGCGGCUGGUGAGUGUGGUCGGAUGCCAAUUGGUCAAGCCGCGGCUAGCUUAACCCCGUGUUUGCCUGCUACACAGAACCCGAGGAGUAAGGUUCCACCGGUUUGCUGUGCCAAAGUUGGUGCUCUUAUUAGAACAAAUCCCAGUUGCCUUUGUGCUGUCAUGCUCUCUCCUUUAGCCAAGAGAGCUGGAAUCAAUCCUGGAAUCGCAAUAGGUGUUCCAAGACGCUGUAACAUCCGCAACCGUCAGGCUGGCAAGCGAUGUGGACGUUACAUUGUUCCAUAAAUCACCGCAAGAGUAUGAGGAGUUAACCGCGGUAUGGAUCAAAAUGAAGAAGAGUUCUAAAGAUUUAAAUAAACGUUUUCACUUCCAUUUGUAGAGGAGAAAUGUGAACUAUAUAUAGAUAUCCUUUAAUAAUCUAUCAUGUUGAACUAUAUAUGAGUAUGCAUAUUUUAUUAUAUACUAUGAGAUGGAUCUAUGUUUUAAUA